AUGUCUGAAGAACCGCAGGUGACUAUUCGGAAGGCUGGCAAAGACGAGGUCGACUUCAUUUUGAGUGACGUCGACAUGUCGCUGGCCAACUCUCUUCGGAGAACAAUGUUGGCAGAGGUUCCAACGUUGGCGAUCGAUUUGGUGGAGAUUCUGGUCAACACCAGUGUUUUGGCGGACGAGUUCAUUUCCCACCGUCUCGGUCUUGUUCCGCUCGAGAGCGAAGACAUCGAGCAACUCAAAUACACCAGAGACUGCACGUGUGAGGACCACUGUGAAAAGUGCUCUGUCACGCUGGAUUUGAGGGCCAACUGCACCUCCGACGAGACCAUGAACGUUUAUUCGAGCCAUUUGACUAUUGUGAGUCCGACCACGGGCCUGAAUCUCGGCACACCUGUUGUGAGAGACCCGGAGAGAAAGGGAGUUUUGCUGUGCAAACUGAAGAAACACCAACAACUGCACGUGAGAUGUGUUGCGAAGAAAGGUAUUGCCAAAGAGCACGCCAAGUGGUCGCCAUGUGCGGCCAUCGGGUUCGAGUACGACCCGUGGAACAAGCUCAAGCACACGGACUACUGGUUCGAAGAAAGCGUCGAGGCUGAGUGGCCCAACUCUGCAAACUGCGACUGGGAAGAACCACCUGUUCCUGGAGAGAAGUUCGACUACACAGCCAAACCAAACCGCUUCUACAUGAAUUUGGAAACAACAGGCCCGCUUAAACCUAACGAAGUGUUUUCCAAAGGCUGUAUCGAGUUACAAAAGAAGAUCGCCAACGUUGUGUUCGAGCUGGACAAGUUCGACCAGCAGCAACUCCAAGCCCAACAGGCCAACGGAGGUACGGCCUAUGCAGGACAAACGGUCUAUGGAGGUGCAAAUGGUACGACGUACGGCGAUGUUGUAGGCGGAGGACAAACCAGCUACGACUUUGGUUCUGGUAGAUGGUGA